UUUGUGGUACCUGAAUGGGAACUACCUGGUGAUCAUGGUCUCCAUUAGCGUCAUCCUUCCUUUGGCCCUGAUGAAGCAGCUGGGCUACCUGGGCUAUACCAGUGGUUUCUCCCUUAGCUGCAUGGUCUUCUUCCUCAGUGCGGUGAUCUAUAAGAAGUUCCAGAUCCCCUGUCCGUUUGAGGAYUUCUCUGCAGCCAAUCACACGGUCUCUCACCUGGACAUCCACCUGAACGUCACUGAUAACCACGCUCUCCAUGAUAACGGUCUGGUGCACGAGGUGGAUGACUCCCACUGUGGUGCAAAAAUGUUCACCAUGAACUCUCAGACAGCAUACACCAUCCCCAUCCUGGCCUUUGCCUUUGUGUGCCAUCCUGAGGUUCUGCCUAUCUACACUGAGCUCCGCAACCCAUCUCAGAGGAGGAUGCAGCAUGUCUCCAACCUCUCCAUCCUGGUGAUGUACACCAUGUACUUCCUGGCUGCUCUCUUCGGCUAUCUGACCUUCUACGGUAAGACUGAGCCAGAGCUGCUACACACAUACAGCAGAAUCGACCCUUAUGACACGCUCAUCCUGUGCGUGCGAUUGGCUGUCCUCACCGCUGUCACACUGACUGUCCCCAUCGUGCUCUUCCCAGUGCGCAGGGCCUUGAACCAGAUGUUUUUCUCCAGUAAAUCGUUUAACUGGCUUCGUCAUGUGGCCAUCGCCAUCACCCUGCUCUCCUUAAUCAACAUACUGGUCAUCUUCGCCCCCAACAUCCUGGGAAUCUUCGGCAUCAUCGGUGCCACAUCUGCCCCCUGUCUCAUCUUUAUCUUCCCUGCCGUCUUCUACAUUCGCAUUGUGCCUAAGGAGCAGGAACCCAUGUUUUCCACCCCCAAGAUACUGGCUGCCUGUUUCGCUGGUCUGGGCGUCGCCUUCAUGACCAUGAGUUUGAGCUUCAUCAUCAUUGAUUGGACAACAGGGAGCAGCAACUCUGGCGGUGGCCACUAGAGACCGUCCUCUGCUAUUCGCAUGCAGGGGUCAUCUGGGGGUUGGCAGAGGCUUUAAGGGGAUGCCUAGGUGUGUGUUUAGAACUGUUUUCAUGUAAUUGAUGCACUAUCCCCUCCGUGGUAGAGCAAGGGUCAAAGGCUAGGCUUCAGUGAGGUUGGGGGUAGGGAGGGGGGAGACAUAAUCAACCCUCUGGGCAAACCCAUGCUGAGAAUUUCAGUCCUCUUGAGAUUAAAGACUCGGACAAAACAGUCUGUACUACUGUAAAGCAGUAGAGAACUUAUUUGAACAAAAGGUUUCAUAAUCACUGUAUGUAGGCCAUCACAGAGGAGUACUUUUACAUGAAUCAUCAGGACUAAACAGGGUAUUUAAAAAAAAUCAUGCUGAUUAUUAUUAUUUAUCAGUGGGAUAGUGCAUCCAAGUCAAUCCAUAAUGGAAAAUCCAGAAGAAAGAAACUCAUGCUGGUUCCCCCUCCUUCACUCCCUCCCUCCUCCACUCCCUCCCUCCUUCACUCCCUCCCUCCUCCAC